UGGCCGAGGGGGCAGCAAAGCAAAGGCAGUGCCCCUUGUAAUCGAGGUGACCCACGACGACGAGUUCCCGGCUGGUUGCGGAAGUAGCACCGUAGAGCGCCGAUUCGCGGCCGCGCAGUGUUGGCCUUUGUUAUAUUGGUGGGCGCCGCGCACGGGAUAAUACAACAGCAACGUUGGAUAGCAGCAGCGGAGUAGCAGGCAAGGAGAUUUCCCUCAGCGAGUCGCCAUUUUGUCCGGACGUUCGGUGCGCGAGAGAGAGAACCCGGUUUCGCCUGUAGGUCGCCGUUAAAAAGCGCAACCAGAUAAUGUAGAUAUAGUUUAGCUGACACACAAGGCCUCUACAAUUAAAAACAUAUUUCAUGACACUACUGAAUGCUCGUUGCCGCUGCGACUUGUUCCAAACCGCGCAUAUCCUCAGAAUCAGUCUGUAGCAUUAGUAAGCUACGAUGACUAUUGCUACAAGAGGCCAAGGGGUUGGAGUUGAUCCACCCGACAGUCAUCAAAACACAAUGAUAUCCAGUUCACCUGGUCAGCAACAACUGGCAGACACAAUGUCUAGCCUACAGAUAUCAGAAACUGUAGUAUCAUCAUCUGAUUGUACCAGUGAAGGGUCAACCACAACGGCUGUUGAAGAUAAUAAUCAUCAGAAACCAGAGCCCGAUUUUCCUCAUGCCAAGCUCGCUAUGCUGGAUGAAAAAAUAUCUAGUCCAAGAUGGGUAGUGCCAGUUUUACCUGAUCAAGAAUUGGAGUGCCUAUUACUAGCCAGUAUCGAUUUAUGCAAACAAGGAAUUGAUGUACAGAGCGAGGCAUGUCAACGGUUUUUUCGAGAAGGGCUUACAAUAUCUUUUACAAAAAUUUUGACAGACGAUGCAGUUAAUAGUUGGAAAUUGAAUAUUCACAAUUACAUUAAUGCUAACUGUCUACGAUUAGUAGAACUUUGCGUUUUGAAAUUGGAUGAGGAUUGGUUUCCUCUUCUUGAUUUGCUUGCAAUGGUUUUUAAUCCUAAUAACAAAUUUCAUACGUUCAACGCAUCGCGAUCCUCGGAAAGUGUACCGCCUGGAGCUAAUAUACCUGAUGAUGAAGUGUACGCUCGCUCACCUCCAUCCUCCAUAAAUCCCCGAGGUUGGCUAGUUGAUCUAAUUAACAAAUUUGGUAGUCUCAAUGGUUUUGAAAUUUUACUCAAACGGUUUACAAGCGGCCGAAAUUUGACGGUGCCAGUCAUAUAUGCGUUAAUAAAGCCAUUUGGCUUGUGCUGUGAAUUAUUAACAUUUAAUACAAUACGUAAAUAUCUUAUGCCCAUAGUGCAAAUGGUGCCUCAAAUUUUAGAUAAUCUGACUGAUGCAGAACUUAAAAAAGAAGCGAAGAACGAGUCAAAAAACGAUGCAAUAUCAGCCAUAAUAAAAGCAUGCAAGUGUAUAGUGUCUCGAGUUCCUUAUCAGGAAGAAAUGAUUAAAAAUUUAGAAAUCUUGAGAUUAAAAAUGAUACUGAGGUUAUUGCAAAUAUCAUCUUUUAAUGGCAAAAUGAAUGCUCUCAAUGAAGUCAACAAAGUGAUCGCCAGUGUUAAUUAUUAUUUGCAUCGUAAUCAGGGCCUCGAGGAAGAGGAGUGGUUAACAGCUGAGCGAAUGGCGAAAUGGAUCAAGGAAAAUGGAGUACUGGAAAUUGUUUUAAGAGAUUCGUUACAUCAACCGCAAUACGUGGAAAAGCUCGAAAAAAUAUUGCGUUUCAUAAUCAAAGAACGCGCAUUAACUCUCGAGGAUUUAGAUGCGGUGUGGGCAGCUCAAGCUGGCAAACAUGAAGCAAUUGUGAAAAACGUUCACGACUUAUUAGCCAAAUUGGCUUGGGAUUUUAGUCCUGAACAAUUAGAUCAUCUUUUUGAAUGUUUCAAGACAAGUUGGAGGACUGCCAACAAAAAACAACGCGAAAAACUUCUCGAGUUGAUUCGACGACUUGCUGAAGAUGACAAGGAUGGUGUCAUGGCUCAUAAAGUGUUGAUGCUUUUUUGGAAUUUGGCACACUCCGAUGAGGUGCCUACAGAAAUAAUGGAUCAGGCGUUAAAUGCCCACGUCAAAAUUUUGGAUUAUUCUUGCUCACAAGAGCGAGAUGCUCAAAAAACUAUAUGGCUUGACAAGUGUGUAGAAGAGUUGAAAAGUGGUGAUAAAUGGGUACUUCCCGCGCUCAAGCAAAUUCGGGAAAUUUGUUGUCUAUAUGAACCUAAUCCGAAUAUGGGUCAUAAUCAACGUACUCAUCAUGCAUACUAUAGGCAAGAAGUUAUAGAGCGUCUUCAAACUCAGCAUUCCGUCGUUAUACUCGUAACGAAUAGUUUAACUACUUACAUGGAUAAAGUACGGCAGUUAAUUAAGGAAAAUCCGAAUGUUGAUGCAAAUAUUUACACACCUGACCGUCGUUACAAUCAUAUAAUGCAGGUGCAGGAACGACUUAAUUUUUUGAGAUUUUUACUCAAGGAUGGUCAAUUGUGGCUUUGUGCCGAGCAAGCCAAACAAAUCUGGCAAUGUCUGGCGGAACAGGCAUGUUUUACUUCAGACCGCGAGGCGUGUUUCAAGUGGUUUUCAAAAUUGAUGGGCGAUGAGCCCGAUCUUGAUCCUGCAAUUAAUAAGGACUUUUUUGUAAAUAAUAUUUUACGGUUGGAUCCGACAUUACUCACGGAAAGUGGUAUCAAGUGUUUUGAGAGGUUUUUCAAGGCCGUGAAUUUAAAAGAGGGCAAAUUAAAGCAAAAGAGACGUGCAGUAUUGAUGGACGAUGUUGAUUUGAUUGGAACGGACUAUUUGUGGAGGGUGGUAACUAAUAGCCCUGAAGAAAUAGCAAAUCGUGGAAUAGAAUUAUUAAAGGAAGUAAAUACCAACUUGGGGCCACGAUUACAGUCAUCGGUAGUAGCUUUUCAUCAAACAUAUAUCUCCGAGUGUAUGGAUCGUUUGAAAGUUCAUUACGAUGCGGUGUGUAUAAUGAGAAAAGUUACUUUGGACGAGAAAGAAGAUAAAGAUGUUAUCAAAUCGGAAGCCGUAAAAAUGUGUCGUGUCAUGAAAGUUUUACAAGAAUAUCUCAAUGAAUGCGACAUGGCUUUUCAGGGCGAAAGGAGAAUUCUGCCUUUGCAUAGGGCAGCAAGGGGCAAGCAUUUGGCUCUAAUUAUAAGGUUUGCCAAUCCUGCACGAAACGUCGAUGAUAUUGAAAUAUUCACUCACACAAACGAUACGUUGGCAUCUUUGAGACGGCAAAUAUUGCGCAGGAUUAAAGCCGGUGGUACUAAUGUUAAAUUAGAUUUAUAUAUUAAUGGAGAAUCAUUAGAACAAGCAGACGAUAGAAAACUUCUUUCGCAAAUUCCUUUAAGAGACAAAAUGAUAUUGUCUGCGAAACUUAGUCAAGCUAAUACAAAUAUGCCAAGUUCACCCGACAGUAGUUCAGAUAGUUCUACUAGUUCGCCCCAUCAUCCUUAUCCUAAAUUAGAAGGUGGCCAUCAAUCAAACAUCGAAGCUGAAACCAGUUUACCUGGAGUCAUUUUAUCGCAAAGAUCUCAAUACACCGGCUUCCUGUUUCAACUAGCGGAUUUGGGUUGUACCCUGGAACAUGCUCAGUUGCGUGAUUGUGCUCGGCAUGUGCUACAAUUGAUUCCACCUGAUACACUUACAGUAGCGCGAUUGCAGUGGUUCUUCGGACGCUUUAAAGAAAAUGAAGUUCCACAAAUUUCUUCCAUCGACGAAACCAACACCAGCGUCGGUACUUUGUUCUUUACGGCUAGUCCAAGUCAAGUUUUGUACAAUUUAGAGGUUUUAUAUGCUCUUCUGAUGCCGGCACUUGACCCCGUAUCCGAGAAAGCGCGCGAAUUUCAAUUGAAUCUAAUGAAGAGCGGUGAAGCAGGAGUGAUUUUAGACAUGUUAACCAAAAACAAUUUCCUGCCAAAUGCCGAUGAGACAACCAAGCGAUUCGCUUAUCUGACAGUCUUAAAACUCUGUAAAUUCCUGCUCACCGUGAUGGCAAAUGUGCUAAAAGACUGGAUAGAUUUCAACACUUUGGCAAUGUUAAACGAUGACAAUCAGGCGACAAAGCAUCUGCCAUUCCCUGUGCUGAAGCAGGCAUUGCACAGUGUGCCCAGUCAGAAUACCGAGUACAUGUUGCGUUCGGUAGCCGAUAAAAUGAGCGGCAUCUUUGUCAGUGAGAUGGUACGUGAAGUUUCGGAUAUUGAUAAGUUUCAUCAGCUACUACUUCAGGCGCAAAUGUGCGGAUUGCCCGAUGUCGCGACCAUUCGUGCCAUAAUUAGAUUAGCUUGGGCCGCGUCCAGCGGUAGUCUCAAUCAUGUGAACGCCUCGACUCAGGUUCUCCAGGAGAUGCACGAGACCAAUGCCCGGGAGCAGAGGACUUUAGAUAAUAACGACGUUUUAGUUUGUAAAGAAGCGUUAGAAGUCUUAACGAUAGCUUUUAUAUUAAAUCCCCCGGCAUUGGACGACUUGAUGAAAGACUGCAUGGUUCAGCAUGGUCAAAACACUGCAAAAAAUGAUAUGUGGAGCAUCUUUUUGAUAGACCUCGUACUAGUUAGCACAUCGCGGGCAAUCCGCGCCACUGCGGCCGAGCAAUUUUUAUUGAUAUCCACGUGGUGCAGUAGUGGUCAUCAUCCACUUCAAUUCAUUAUCAUUCGCCUAUUUCCUCAUAUCAACACAACCGUCGUUGAGUUCGCCAAGCAGAGUCACGAAUUUUUUCAACUGUUAUGUAGGUUACUAAAUUAUGCACACAUCUCCGGCUACCCGAUCAAUGCCGAGCAAUGGUUGAAUUUUGAAAUCGUUUGGCUGAAAAACGUACGUGACCGUGUUCGAGAUACUGGUGAUACUCAGGUGGAUGAGGCAGUCUUAGAAGGUCAUCUAGCUUACGCUAAAGAACUUUUAUCGUUUUUACCGGCCAGCAAAAAAUACGAGUACGGAUCGGAUGAAAAGCGCGGUGUUAAUUUAAUUAAGGAACUAGUGGAGGAUUUCAUAUUUCCAGCAUCGAUAAGCAUGUUGCAGCUGCGCAAUACAGGUGAGCUGGGCUCAUCGCAGGCGUGCCCGGUAUGCACGACGCCGCAGUCAAUCAGUGCGGCGUUCGACCUGCUGGUCAGUUUGUGCACGGGUUGUGUACCCAACAUGAAACUUCUAGUCAGUAUGCUCUGCGACAUGUUCUACUCGGAUAAGGAUGAGCCGCUGGUCGAGUGGGAUUAUUUGCCACCAGUUGGUCCAAGGCCGCCACAAGGUUUCGUUGGUCUUAAGAAUGCCGGUGCCACUUGUUACAUGAACUCGGUGCUUCAGCAACUCUAUAUGGUAGAGAGUAUUCGAAUUGGUUUGCUCGCUGCUGAAGGAGCAGCUACCGAUUCGAAUGAGGAUUUCUCCGGUGAAGAGAGGGUCGAGGGCGAACAGACUAUUGAAGCUACCGAUAACGAUACUAACGAAGAAAAGUGUACUGCCGAUGAGUCGCGCAAGGAAUACAAUAUUGGGAUAUUAAAGCAAGUUCAAGCAAUCUUCGGACACUUGGCCUACAGCAAGCUGCAAUAUUACAUUCCUCGAGGUCUCUGGAAACACUUCAAACUUCAAGGUGAACCUGUUAAUUUGAGAGAACAGCAGGAUGCAGUCGAAUUUUUUAUGAGCCUUGUUGAAAGUUUGGAUGAAGCAUUAAAAGCUCUUGGCCAUGAACAAAUAAUGAGCAAGAUACUUGGAGGUUCUUACAGCGAUCAAAAAAUUUGUAAAGGCUGUCCCCACAGGUAUUCUAAAGAAGAGCCUUUUAGUGUAAUAAGUGUGGAUAUUAGAAAUCAUAGUAAUUUAUUGGACUCUCUGGAGCAAUACGUCAAGGGUGAACUGCUUGAAGGGGCAGACGCAUAUCACUGUGAUAAAUGUAAUAAAAAAGUUGUAACAGUAAAACGUCUAUGUGUGAAAAAGUUACCUCCUGUUCUGGCGAUUCAGUUGAAACGAUUCGAGUACGAUUUUGAGAGAGUCUGCGCCAUCAAGUUCAACGAUUAUUUCGAAUUUCCGAGGGAACUUGAUAUGGACCCUUACACAGUUUCGGGACUCGCCAAAAUAGAAGGAGAGAUCAUAGACUGGGAUAGCGAAGAGGCAAUUAAAGGAACUUGCACCAAGUAUCAAUUGUCGGGUAUUGUUGUUCACAGCGGACAAGCUAGCGGAGGCCAUUACUAUUCGUACAUUUUACACAGACAAAGUGAUGGAUCGGGAAAAUGGUACAAGUUUGAUGAUGGUGACGUUACUGAGUGCAAAAUGGAAGAAGAAGAAGAAAUCAAGUCUCAGUGUUUUGGUGGCGAUUAUAUGGGUGAAGUUUUUGAUCACAUACUUAAGCGUAUGAGUUAUCGUAGACAAAAACGAUGGUGGAACGCUUACAUGCUCUUUUACACUCGAAUUGAUGUAGAGCAAAAUUCACAGUUGAAAAAAGUGAAUGAAUUAUCGCUUUAUACGAAAUUGGGAGUUACAAAAAUGCCACCAGCAAUUGAGCAAAGCGUUAGGAAGCAAAAUAUAAAAUUUAUGCAUAAUAGAAAUCAGUUCAAUGCAGAGUACUUUCAAUUCAUCAGGAAACUUGUAUCGUGUAAUCCGUACAAUGUCAACCGACCUAAUCACGAAAAAAUUAGCCCAGAUGCCGAAGAAUUGUCAAUGUUAUCUGUUCAACUGGCGUCAAAAUUUCUAUUUUUUACCGGCUUUCAUACAAAGAAGACUUUGCGUGGGACUGCGACGGAUUGGCAUGAUAUACUUUGCCAUCAUUUGUUGGGAAGUAAAGCAGUUCGAUCAUGGUUUGCUCACCAUGUUUUAUUCAACUAUCCGCAUAGAUUUUGUGAAUACUUGUUAAGCUGCCCAAGUACAGAAGUUAGAAAUGCCUUUUUGAAAAUUUUAGUUUUCUUGGCUCACUUUUCUUUACAAGAUGGACCCUGUUUACCACCUCUCAAUGCACCAACUAUGCUAUUGGAUCCGACAGCAACCUUGAGCGAUCACUUAUUACAUGCAGUGCUAAUGUUGCUUCACCGAGAAAUUUCAGAUCAUGGUCGGCACUUACCUCAUUAUUUUGCUUUGUUCCUUACUUAUGCGUCUAUUGGUCUACCUCAAAAGUUACAGCUAUUGAAGCUAAAUGUGCCAGUGACGUUCAUGCUCGUAGCUAUCGAUGAAGGUCCAGGUCCAGUGAUCAAGUACCAAUAUCCGGAGCUUACCAAGUUGCACCAAGUUGUGAGCAUUUUAUUACGUUGUUGCGAUGUGUCGUCGAAGGCUCAGUCUAGCAAUGCCCAAAACAAUGUUGCUCCACUGCCAAAUCCUUAUGGAGAUGCAGCUUGCGGUCAAGAUUAUCUAAUGCCUAUUCCACCGUCAGCUGCUGAGAUAUUAUUCAGUCGUACGAGUUACAUGAAGAAACUUAUUGAGGACGCGAGUGUUACCGAGGAGACAGUCAAGUUGUUGCAGUUCUGUUGUUGGGAGAAUCCACACUUUUCACGCACGGUCCUCAGCGAAUUGCUCUGGCAAAUUGGUUUCGCUUAUACUCAUGAACUCAAACACCAUACAGAUUUACUUCUGGAAAUGCUGCUUAUGGAAGAUUCUUGGCAGAUGCACCGCGUGCACAAUGCCUUGAAAGGUGUACCAGACGAGCGUGAGGGCCUAUUUGACAUCAUUCAAAAGAGUAGAAACCAUUACCAGAAACGAGCUUAUCAAUGCAUUAAAUGCAUGGUACAACUGUUUGGCAAAUGUAGAGAUGCCCAUCGAUUUUUAUAUUCGAACCUCGAGUUGAAAAAGAAGUGGGUUUUGGCAAUUGAUUGGCUUCAAGAUGAAUUGGAUAAAAGACCGUAUACAUCGUCUACACCAUACACACAUCCAUACAACAAUUGGUCACCGCCAGCUCAGUCGAACGAAUCAACGAACGGCUACUAUUUGGAACGCAGCAGUAGUGCUAAGAAAACGCUUGAACUCGCAUACGAACUCUGUCCUGAAGAAGAGCAAGAACCCGAGGAGACGAGUGAGGACGGAACUGAGGAAGCGUCUGAAAGUCAUCAAGUGCAACUAGACGCUGAGGAGAAAGAAAUUUUAUUUGGAGCGCAAGAUGACACUCGUAGGGUUAGAAAAAAAAUCGUUUCGAAAAUGGAUCGUAGAAUUACAAUUCUCGAACAAAAGGAUUUUUAUCUACGACAGAAGCAGCAGCAACAGCAUGAACGUCAGCAACAAGAACAAGAACGACAGCAACAAGAACAACAACAGCAAGAACAACCUCAACCUGGACCGUCGCCAGUACAUAAAACUCACGCUGACCAUGCAAAUAUGAGUCCAAAUCCAUAGUAAAUCGAGAAUUUCGAAAGCCGGCGAAAACUAAUCAUUACCUCCACAGACACCAUGUGGAUUAUAUGAUAAAAUUAAUAAUGCCAACGCGCGUGUAAGACUUUACGAUAAAUGCAUAUAGUUGGUGUGUACAUACGAAGCAAAUGAAAAGAAAAUGAUCAACUGUCCAUCGCAACUCGGAAGAUUUUUAAGCGAUGAUUGUUAAUUAACCACAUUUUUAGUACUGACCAAUAAUACCUUCAUUCAUGCAGCUAAUUUAUUGCGAAUUUCAGUUAAUGCUGUACACAGAUCAUGGCGAUAAAGUAAAAUAUUUAAGCGCAACAUUGCAUUUCAAAAGAAAAAAAGACGAGUUUGAAAAGUGAUACAAAGAUAUAUGUCAUACGACGAUAAAACACAAAUACGAAAAUAAAGACGAUCGAAAAAAGAAAGCGAUUCGAGUAGAGUGAGAUACAAACCGUAAUUUAACUAGUAUUGUCAUCCUUAAAUUUUGCAUGAAGUUCAUACUAUCGCAUUUGUUAUGCUAUAAAUAAGAAAAAUGUCAAAAAUAAUUGUUAAUAAUGCAUGUAGCAGACUUGGUUUUUUUUUGUGACAGUGGAAAUCAAGCCCUAAUGAGAUAAAUAUUAAUAGUUGAUCCUCUUUAAACUUGUUGAAUUGUAUUUUUAAAUAAUUUUGAGUUUUUUCUAUUGUACUUAAACUUAAUGAAACAAGCAGGCACUUGAAAUUUUACACACUAGAAAAAACUGAAAUAAAGAAAUUUUUAGAAUUGAAAAAAAAUUUGAUUGAUUAGAUAAACUUAAUUUUUUUAUUUUAACCUGUGGAAAUAAAGAUAUUAUGAGACUGAAUCUUUGAGUAUAAUUCAUUUAAAUUUUGGAUGCUGCAUACAUUCAAAAAAUAUAUAAAGAGAAGUUUUAAUUUGAAUCAAAAUUUUGUACAAGAGUUGAGGAUAACUGAAGAACCUAAAUCAUCUUCGAUGAAUUAAUAAUAGAGACUAUGUUUUAAGAGCUUCGGAUGAGAAUUUGAAUAGAAUUAUCCAUUGUAUCGUUUUAAGAUGCAAUUUGUAAUGUCGGAGCUGCAGCCAUUUUCAUAAAAGAAUAAUGCAAUGAGUACUUGAAACGAUUGAUACUCAUGGAAUAAUCCAAGCUCUGAUGUAAUUUUUAAGAUAUGUCAUGUAUAAAUAAUUUUUCAUAACAAGGAAAAGAAAAACCAAGUCAAGAAUAAAUAUAAGUGAAAGUGAUUUUAUGUUCACUCCAGUUUAUAUAACAGGCGUUACAAAACUUUAACGCUCACGUUGUGAGAUGACAUGAUUAUAAGGAUACAUAAGUGUCGAAUCUAUUGUCAUAUUUGUAACUCAAUCGAGAAAACAUACCAAACAAAUAAUAGCUUUUUAAACGCGUUUACUAAAGCACUAAAACCAAUUUUCAAUGCUAAUACUACCUAAUCUUGAUUGGAAUAUGUAAAUAUGCAACAGCUUUUUUACGUGUGAUAAAACAAAUAAAAGUUAUUCUUAUUACACUUGGAAGCGAGUGAAGAGGCUAGUGUAAAUCUUGGUUUUGUAAACAAACAUUGUAUCAUAUGUUUUUUUACGUUUAGAAGGGCAAGUAUAUAGUUUAAUAAUAUUAUUUAAUUUAUAAUUAAUUCAAGCCCAUUUUGCUAAGAGUAGCACUGUGUAUAGUAGUUGAGAAAUCCGAGUUGAUGAAAUCCACAUACUCACAAAUACCUAAAAUGCAUUGAGUACGUAUGGAAAGAAUUUAGAACUGAAUGUAUUUAGAAAAAAACAAGUCAUGGUGUCAUGAGAUAGUGUCAUUUUUCUAAUAUAAUAUUUUUAGUAAUGCGCAUGCGAACUUUGAGUAUAUAGAUAUACAAAUGAUUUGACCAACAGCAUAAAUAAAACCACUUAAACAAAUGAAGUUUAAAUGAUCCGAAUAAAUAAGAAAAUCAUUCUCGACAGGUAUAAUAUAAUAAUGUUCGCGACAAACGACAGAUUUGUUACAGCGAGGGCGAUAUAAACUCGAUUGAACUUAAAACAAAGUAUCGAGAUCACUUUAUAUAUUUCAUAAUGACGGUAUGUGGAUGUGCUUGUGUAUUUUGUAUGUACAAGUGUGCGACGAAUGUAUUAUCAAAUAGAAAUGGAUAAAUUGAAACAAAAAAAAAAAUUAACAAUAUCACUAUUGGAUAAAUAAUUGUGUGAAAGAUCGAAGAAAGACGGAGUGACUUGGAAAAAGAUAUGUCAUGCGCCGUAUUAUCAAGUUUUCGUCAUAUUUAAAAGAUAAAUUGUUACCUAUUGCAAGUUUAAAAGAAAUUCAUUGAAUUCUCGUUAAAUUGAAAGGAAUUGUAAUUUUUAAUUGUUACAUUGAUUAAUUGCCAAAUGCUAUGAACUAGUGAACGUUUAUUUAAGAACGCUUUUUGCGCGUUCCUCGAAUAAUGGAUUCAUCGGAAAAAAAUCAUGCGCAAUGUUUACUACAUUUUGUUUUUAAACUAUCCGAAUCGUGUUUCUUUCUCGAUUACGAGAACAUGUCUUCGAAGCUUGAUUACCGUUCAUACACGAAGAUAAACUAUGCGAAAAGAAAUGUGUAGCGCUUGGAGCAAAAAGUAAACGAAAAAAGAAAAAAAAUAAAAAGUAAAUUAUCAUCGAUUA